GCCACACAGAAUGCAUCGCUCGACACACCUGGAAGGUGAACCAAGUAUGUGGGACAUAGAGAUGUCCUUGAUUCAGUCCAAGCAUGACAUAACAGCCUUAACAAUAUUCAUGCUGUAACGUCAUGGCAUGUCAUGCCGAGAAAUAGGUAGGUGUUUAGAAGAUGAGAAUAGGUAUAUAAAGAGGAAGUCAAUACAAGACAUGUUCGAAAAGACGAAGACUACUACAAAUUACAAUCAAUCAAUCAAUCAAUCGAUCGAUAUCAAUAUCAAUAUCACCAAAAUGAAUUCCGCCGGAGACCGAUCCGUCAUCUCGAAUGACAUGCAGGAGCUUCGCGAGGGCGGCGAAGAGAUCUCCCACAAGAUCCAGGGCCACAAGGCGAACCUUUCCAACCCCAACACCAGCCAGGCCAGCAAGGAGAACAGCAAGAAGGAGAUCGAGGCGCUGGGAGGAGACGCGAACCACUACGGCAACGAGUCUGAUCCUCGAAGCAAGAGCGCGGCGGACAACUUGGAGGGAAGCCGAGUUGGGUAAUUAAAU